AUGAAUUUCUCAAGCAAUACUUGCACAUGCAAAACUGGCUACUUUGAUACUUCAUCUAAUAUAUGCAAACCUUGCACUGCUCCUUGUGCUACUUGCUCAGGCUCAGCCACAUCUUGCUCAAGUUUUUUGGACUCAGAGAAUAUGAAUUUCUUAAGCAAUACUUGCACAUGCAAAACUGGAUACUUUGAUUCUUCAUCUUCAACAUGUAAAGCUUGCACAGCUCCUUGUGUUACUUGUUCAGGCUCAGCCACUAAUUGUGAGAGUUGUAUGGAUUCAGAUAAUAUGAAUUUAUCAAGCAAUACUUGCACAUGCAAAGCUGGGUAUUUUGACUCAUCAUCUGAAACAUGCAAAGCUUGCACUGCUCCUUGCGCUACUUGUUCAGGAUCAGCCACUACUUGCUUAAGUUGUUUAGACUCAGAUAAUAUGAAUUUAGCAAGCAAUACUUGCACAUGCAAAACUGGCUAUUUUGACUCAUCAUCUGAAACAUGUAUGGCAACUUAUACUGCUCCUUGUGAUACUUGCUCAGGAUUAGCCACAUAUUGCUUAAGUUGUUUAGACUCAGAUAAUAUGAAUUUAUCAAGCAAUACUUGCACAUGCAAAACUGGCUACUUUGAUUCUUCAUCUAAUAUAUGCAAACCUUGCACUGCUCCUUGUGAUACUUGUUCAGGCUCAGGCACUAGUUGCUCAAGUUGUGUGGACUCAGAGAAUAUGAAUUUCUCAAGCAAUACUUGCACAUGCAAAACUGGCUACUUUGAUUCUUCAUCUAAUACAUGUAAAGCUUGCACAGCUCCUUGUGCUACUUGUUCAGGAUCAGUCACUACUUGUGAGAGUUGUAUGGAUUCAGAUAAUAUGAAUUUAUCAAUUGGUACUUGCUCAUGCAAAACUGGCUACUUUGAUACUUCAUCUGAAACAUGUAAAGCUUGUACUGCACCAUGUGCUACUUGCUCAGGAUCACUCACUACUUGCUUAAGCUGUUUAGACUCAGAUAAUAUGAAUUUAUCAAGCAAUACUUGCACAUGUAAAACUGGUUACUUUGACUCAUCAUCUGAAACAUGUAAAGCUUGCACAGCUCCUUGCGCUACUUGCUCUGGAUCAGCUACUACUUGUUCAAGUUGUUUAGACUCAGAUAAUAUGAAUUUAUCAAGCAAUACUUGCACAUGCAAGACUGGUUACUUUGAUUCUGGAACUUCGACAUGUGUGUCAAGCUGUGAUGCAACAUGUUCAACAUGCUCUGAAACUACCACUUACUGUGAAACAUGCAAAUCUCAUGCAACAGCAGCAAGCGGUGUUUGCACAUGUGACUCUGGAUAUUAUGGAACUGCUGAUAAUUGCCAAGCUUGUGAUGCAGCUUGUGCUACUUACUCAGGAUCAGCCACUACUUGUUUAACUUGUAAAUCUCACGCAACAGCAGCAAGCAAUGUUUGUUCAUGUGACUCAGGAUAUUAUGGAACUGCUGAUAAUUGCCAAGCUUGUGAUGCAACUUGUGCGACUUGCUCAGGAUCAGCCUACUUGUUUAACUUGUAA